AUGUUUAAUCAAAGUGAUAGUUUAGAAACACAUAUGAGGAAUCACGCAGGAGACGAACCUUACAAAUGUAAACAAUGUGGAAAGAAGUUUAGACAAAAGAUGGGUUUAAAAAGCCAUGUAAAGAUACAUACGGUAGAGAAACUUUAUAUAUGUGAACAUUGUGGAAAGAGGUUUGGUCAAAGUUGUACUUUGAAAAGACAUUUAAGGAUGCAUAGAAAAGAGACACCUUAUGAAUGUGAACAAUGUGGCAAGAAAUUUAAGCAUAGCUGUAAAAUAGAAAAACAUUUGGAGAAGCAUAGAAAGAGAAUUAAGAAGAGCUUCAAUUUGAACAUGACGGCACACACAGAAGUGACAUCUUACCAAUGUGAACAUUGCGGAAAGAAGUUUAAUCUAAAGUGUAAUUUGAAAACACAUUUGAGAAUUCAUACCGGGGAGACACCUUAUCAAUGUGAACAUUGUGGAAAGAAAUUUAAGCAAAGUUGUCAUUUGAAACAACAUUUAAGAAUUCACACCGGGAAGACACCUUAUGGAGAGAACAGUAUUUUCCACAGUUCUGAAGAAAGUCGAAAUGAAGGCCAUGGUUUUAUGACGGAUAAUUUGCCAACACUGCAAUCAAAACCACACCCUACAAAUAUCAGAGAAGAGAAAUAUUUGCCAUAUGAAUGCGAACACUGUGGUCAGAAUGUCAAGGACAAAAAUGAUUACUUAAAUAGACAUUUGAAGACACAUGUAGGACGAUACGAAGUUAAAGUAUUGCUUCUGAAAACACUUGAAUGUGAACAUUGUGGAAAGAAGUUUAAUCGUAAAGAAUAUUUGAAAAGUCAUGUGGAGUGUGGAAAGAAGUUUAGACAACAGAUGGGUUUGAAAAACCACGCGAGGAUACGCACUAAAGACAAUCUUUAUAAAUGUGAACGGUUUGGUCAAAGCUGUUCUUUGAAAAAACAUUUAAGGAUGCAUAGAAGAGAGACACCUUAUGAAUGUAAACUAUGUGGCAAGAGAUUUAUUCAAAAUGGUACUUUAAAAGCACAAUGGGCUCAUACUGAAAAGAUGACUUAUGAUUGUGAACAUUGUGCAAAGAAGUUUUACUGUAAAGAACAUUUAGAAAAUCAUAUGGCGAUACACGCAGGAGAGACACACUAUUUAUGUAAACAGUGUGGAAAAAUGUUUAAUCAAAGUGAUAGUUUAGAAACACAUAUGAGGGAUCACGCAGGAGACGAACCUUACAAAUGUAAACAAUGUGGAAAGAAGUUUAGACAAAAGAUGGCUUUAAAAAGCCAUGUAAGGAUACAUACGGUAGAGAAACUUUAUAUAUGUGAACAUUGUGGAAAGAGUUUUGGUCAAAGUUGUACUUUGAAAAGACAUUUAAGGAUGAAUAGAAAAGAGACACCUUAUGAAUGUGAACAAUGUAGCAAGAAAUUUAAGCAUAGUUGUAAAAUAGAAAAACAUUUGGAGAAGCAUAGAAAGAGAAUUAGGAAGAGCUUCAAUUUGAACAAUGAUAUGACGGCACACACAGAAGAGACAUCUUACCAAUGUGAACAUUGCGGAAAGAAGUUUAAUCUAAAGUGUAAUUUGAAAACGCAUUUGAGAAUUCAUACCGGGGAGACAUCUUAUCAAUGUGAACAUUGUGGAAAGAAAUUUAAGCAAAGUUGUCAUUUGAAACAACAUUUAAGAAUUCACACCGGGAAGACACCUUAUGAAUGUGAACAAUGCGGAAGGAAGUUUAGUCUAAAGGGUAAUUUGGAAAUGCAUUUAAGGAUUCACAACGAGAAGACAUCUUAUGAAUGUGGACAUUGCGGAAGGAACUUAAAGCAAAAUGCUAAUUUAAAAACGCAUUUGAGGAUUCACAACGGGGAGACACCUUAUGAGUGUGAACAUUGCGAAAUGAAGUCUAAGCAAAAUGCUAAUUUAAAAAUGCAUUUGAGGAUUCACAAUGGGGAGACACCUUAUGAAUGUGAACAUUGUGGAAAGAAAUUUAAGCAAAGUUGUAAUUUGAAAACACAUUUAUGGGCGCAUAGAAAUUACGAAUGUAAACAGUGUGGAAAGAAGUUUAGAAAAAAGAUUGGUUUGAAAAGCCAUGCGAGGAUACACACAGGAGAGAAACAUUGUUUAUGUAAACAUUGUGGAAAGAUGUUUAGUGAGAGUGAUAGUUUAGAAACACAUAUGAUAGGAACACACAGAAGAAACACAUUACGAGUGUAA